AUGGGGUCGGUCCGCCUCAAGAAGGCCAAUUCCUCGACGUUGAUCCUGGGAGCGGUGCUUUGCAUCUUCAUCAUCAUCUUCCUCGUCUCGCCCUCGAGCCCCGCCUCCACCGGCCGCCUGUCCACCAUCGUCUCGGCCCAGCAUCACCUAUCGCCCCCUACCUCGCCGUACCAGAGCCCGCGGUCCGGUGCUGUCCAGGGCCCUCCGCCGGUUACGCGAUACAAUCUCAACAAGGUCACCGUCACGUCCGACCCCAUUCGGAACCAGGAACACAUCCUGAUCCUGACGCCCAUGGCCAGGUUCUACCAGCAGUAUUGGGACAAUCUCUUGCACCUCAGCUACCCCCAUGAGCUGAUCACUCUGGGCUUCAUCCUGCCCAAGACCAAGGAGGGAAACCAGGCGACGUCUCUUCUGCAACAGCAGAUCCAAAAGACGCAGCAUGGCCCCGAGAAGGACCGCUUCAAAAGCAUCAUCAUCUUGCGCCAAGACUUUGACCCUGCCGUGGCGUCCCAGGACGAAAGCGAGCGCCACAAGCUGGGCAACCAAAAGGCCCGCCGUGAGGUCAUGGCCAAGGCACGCAACUCACUACUCUUCACGACACUGGGCCCGUCCACCUCAUGGGUGCUGUGGCUCGACGCCGACAUUGUCGAGACUGCGCCCACGCUGAUCCAAGAUCUUGCGGCCUUCGACAAGCCCAUCAUCGUUGCCAACUGCUUCCAGAAAUACUACGACCCUGAGACCAAGAAAAUGGCUGAGCGGCCGUACGACUUCAACAGCUGGCAGGACAGCGAGAAUGCGCUCAAGAUGGCGGAGCAGAUGGGCCCGGAUGACAUCCUGCUCGAGGGCUACGCUGAGCUCGCAACAUACAGAACUCUUCUUGCGUACAUGAGCACUCCCGGUGGCAAACCGGACCUGGUGGUACCCCUCGAUGGAGUUGGCGGCACCGCGUUGCUGGUCAAGGCUGACGUGCACCGUGAUGGAGCCAUGUUCCCUGCUUUUUCCUUCUACCACCUGAUUGAGAGCGAGGGUUUCGCCAAGAUGGCCAAGCGAUUAGGGUGGCAGCCGUAUGGGCUUCCCAACUACAAAGUCUACCAUUAUAAUGAGUAA